CUGACGUACAUGCUGUGCUUGCUGCACGCAGGGCGACGGCAUGGCGUUCUUCGUCGGGACGUACCCCCCGGACGUCCCGCAGGAUUCCAACGGCGGCUUCCUCGGGCUCGUCAACAACCCUUUCAACCCGGCCAACACCUACUUCCCGGCGACCGUCGCCGUGGAGUUCGACGCGUUCAGGAACGACUGGGACCCCAAGGACACCAUGAGCCACGUCGGGGUGGACGUCAACAACAUCUCCUCUGUGGCGUACGCGGCGCUGCCGGACGGGUGCUUCAACGGGGCCAUGUCGGCGUGGGUCAGGUACGACGCCAACGCGAGCACGCUCUCCGUGACGCUCCGGUUCGACGACCAGCCGGGGCUAGGCGUCUACAACGUCAACGCUCCCGUCGACCUCAGGGCGGAAGGGCUGCCGCAGCAAGCGGCGGUGGGGUUCUCGGCGGCCACCGGGGAUUAUGUCGAGAGCCAUCAGAUCCUUUCUUGGUCGUUCGAGUCCGCUCUCACCAACGUUGCCGUCAUCAACAAGACCGCAACAACGACAUCAAAGAGUACAAAGACAACAAACGUAGGCCUAAUUGCCGGGUUGGCAUCCGCUGGGACCGUCAUCAUAAUGCUCAUCAUAGCGGCGUGGAUCUGCUACCGCGAGCACCAGAAAAGAAAGGGCGCCAAACAAAUUAGGCAAGCGUCACCAAGAGACAUGGACGAUGAGUUCAAGAAGGGGACAGGGCCUCGGAGGUUCACCUACAGACAACUAUCUCGGGCGACACGGCGAUUCUCCGACGACGCCAAGCUCGGUGAGGGCGGCUUCGGUUCAGUCUACCGUGGGUUCCUGCCGGAUCUGGGGCUCCAUGUGGCCAUCAAGAGGGUCUCCAAGACGUCGAAUCAGGGGAGGAGGGAGUACAUCUCUGAGGUGACCAUCAUCAGCCGCCUCAGGCACCGCAACCUUGUGCAGCUCGUCGGGUGGUGCCACGAGGGCGACGACCUCCUGCUCGUCUACGAGCUCAUGACCAACGGCAGCCUGGACACCCAUCUCUACAGCACAACAAACGUCCUAACGUGGCCAAUCAGGUACAACAUCAUUCUCGGCAUGGGCUCGGCUCUCCUGUACCUUCACCAGGAGUGGGAGCAGUGCGUGGUGCACCGGGACAUCAAGCCCAGCAACGUGAUGCUGGACUCGUCGUUCAACGCCAAGCUGGGCGACUUCGGCCUCGCACGCCUCGUCAGCCACACCCGCGACGCGCACACCACCAUGGUCGCCGGCACCAGGGGCUACAUAGACCCCGAGUGCGCCGUGACCUGCCGGGCCACCACCAGGUCCGACGUCUACAGCUUCGGCAUCCUCCUCCUCGAGAUCGCCUGCGGCCGGAAGCCCGUCGUCCACGAGGAGGACGAGAGCAAGGUGCUGCUCGUGCGGUGGGUCUGGGAGCUGUACGGGAGAGGCGAGCUCCUCGACGCGGCGGACGCGCGGCUGCUCGACGGCGGCGAGGCCGGCGCGCUGGUCCCGCUGGAGGUGGAGCGCACUCUGGUCGUGGGGCUCUGGUGCGCGCACCCGGACUCCGCCUCCCGGCCGUCCAUCCGGCAGGCCAUGAACGUGCUCCAGUUCGAGGCGCCGCUGCCAGAGCUCCCGCCUGAUAUGCCCGUGGCGACGUACGGGCCGCCUGCGCCUGUUGGUGGGGGUUACCAGUCGAGCAACACCACGUCAACAUCCGGGACCGGGAGUGCCAGCAGCGGAGGGCACUCGUCGGCAAGUGACCAGACGGCGCACUCGUCCUCGUCGUCGGCGAUGAGCGGCGCCUGGGGAACACGUUCACUCGCCGCUCCCAACACGAGGAGUGAAACAAGAGGGAGUCCACGUGAAUCCAACAUCGGAAGCUCAGGCAUGACUGGGCAAUUUCAGUCAAUAAGCUCCCAGUCCUAGCUCUUGCUGUUACAUCGUUGGAUGGUUGGUAAUAACAGUGGGAACUAACAGUAACAGGAUUAGGUUGUGGCCACUUCUGCAGAAGGCAGAGAUCAAACGUGCGAAGCGUUAGGCUUGCCUACUCCUGGACAUGCAUGCUUAAUUUUCAACUCAACUAUGCCACCACGCGGUACCAGUGACCAUCAAACAAACUCUUUUAUACUUUUUUCAAUUUAUCCCCUUGAGUUUUGCCUCCAUAUGAUUUCAAUUAUAUUCGAUUGGUUUUAGGAUUUUUUUUUUAUAAUGACAGAGGUGGGUAAGCUUUUAGAAAAGAUAAUAGAUCCAAUGGUUGUGAUUAUUAGAGUCUACCGGAUUGAUGACCAAGUUUGUAUAUAUUUUUUUCUCUACCACGUUUUGGGAGGCUCCAAUUUGUAAUAGUAAGGUGUGUAAAGUAUUAUUGUCCAAA